UCGAGAGUCUUUAGCCAACAAACGGUAACUGAACACGUUUCACGCUGUGUGUUUUUACGAUCUAAGAACUAGCAGCCAAACGCUUGCUCAAACGCUGGUGUAUUACAAAAACAGCAUCAAAAUUUACAGUGCAAUUCGUCAGAUGGCAUACGAGUGAGUUGUUGUUUUAAAAAGAAAAAAAGAAGCAAUAAGGCAAAUAACGUAAAUAAAGUUGUGUACGCGCAAUACUACACACGCCACCAAACCUCGGAGGCACAACACAUAAGCAGUAGUAUAAAAAUAAAAGCGAUCACCGAGUGCGUGUGUGUGUGAGAGUGAUUGUAGUGUGGUGUGUGUGCGUGUGUGUGUUUAGAGCGAGUACCAGCGGCUAGUGGAGAAGUGAAGCAGACGGGAUCAUCGAUCGCGAAGCCAGCAGUGCAGUGGUGCGAAAGAGCGCGAGAUACAACAAAAAUGGCUUCUUUCCGAAAUGCCGCACAUCACCAGAAGAGCCUGUCGGUGGAGGAGCGGGCAGAGAUGCGGGAAAAGUUUGAGGAGAUCGACACCAACAAAGACGGCUUCAUCGAGCUGAAGGAGCUGAAGGAUGCACUCGACCAGGUGGGCUUCAAGCUGCCCGGCUACCAGGUACGCCUGAUGAUCGACGAGUACUCGAACAAGCAGCGAUCGCAACACGUUGGCAAGCUGUCGUACGACGAGUUCGAGUCACUGUGCAUGGACCUGAAGGCGAAGGAUGUGGCGAGCACGUUCAAGAAGGUGGUCUCGAAGAAGGAAAACCUAGAAACGCUGGGCGGCAUGUCGGACUCGUCCGCCGCCGGUACGACACAUUCGGUGCGCGUCGAGGAGCAGUUAGCGUUUAGCGACUGGAUCAACUCGAACCUGGUGCACGAUCCGGAUCUGAAGCACCUGCUGCCGCUCGAUUCGGAGGGCAAGCUGCUGUACGACAAGAUGAAGGACGGCAUACUGCUGUGCAAAAUCGUCAACCACUCCUGCCCGGACACGAUCGAUGAGCGGGCGAUCAACAAGAAAAAUUUGACCGUGUACACCAAGUUCGAGAACCUGACGCUGGCGUUGGUGUCCUCGCAGGCAAUCGGCUGCAACAUCGUCAACAUUGAUGCACACGAUCUCGCCAAAGGCAAGCCGCACCUGGUGCUCGGUCUGCUCUGGCAGAUUAUUCGCAUCGGGCUGUUCAGUCACAUCACGCUAGACAGCUGUCCGGGGCUUGCCACGCUGCUCUCCGAUGGUGAGCGGCUCGAGGAUCUGAUGAAGCUGUCACCCGAAGCGAUCUUGCUGCGCUGGGUCAACCACCAUCUCGAGCGGGCCGGCAUUGCCCGGCGCUGCACAAACUUCCAGAGCGACAUCUCCGACUCGGAGGUGUACUCGUACCUGCUGAAUCAAAUCGCUCCCAAGGAUGCCGGUGUGAACGUGGAAGCGCUCAGAGAACAAAACGCCUUAAACCGUGCCGAAAUGAUGCUGCAACAAGCGGCCAAGCUGAACUGCCGAUCGUUUGUCACCCCGCAGGACGUCGUCAACGGAGUCUACAAGCUCAAUUUGGCCUUUGUAGCUAAUCUGUUCAACAAUCACCCGGGACUGGACCAGCCGGAAGAGAUCGAAGGGCUAGAGUCGAUCGAGGAGACGCGCGAAGAGAAAACUUAUCGCAAUUGGAUGAAUUCGAUGGGUGUCAAACCGCACGUGAACUGGCUGUACUCGGAUCUGGCGGACGGACUCAUCAUCUUCCAGCUGUUCGACAUUAUUCAGCCGGGCAGCGUGCAGUGGAAGCGGGUGCAUCAAAAAUUCACACCGUUACGGAAGUUCAUGGAAAAGCUGGAAAACUGCAACUAUGCGGUUGAGCUAGGCAAGCAGCAAAAGUUUUCGCUGGUCGGCAUUGCCGGACAGGAUCUGAGCGAUGGCAAUGCGACGCUUACGCUCGCACUUAUCUGGCAGCUGAUGAGAGCUUACACGCUUUCGAUUUUGUCCCGCUUGGCCAACACCGGCAAUCCGAUCAUCGAGAAGGAAAUUGUCCAGUGGGUGAACUCAAAGCUGCAAAGCGCAGGCAAACGGACGAGCCUGAAAAGCUUCCAGGAUCCGGCGAUCGCUGAUGGCAAAAUCAUUAUCGAUCUGAUCGAUACGAUCAAACCCGGCAGCAUCAACUACGACAACGUCCGCGACGGUGGCAACCCGGAGGAGAACUUGGAGAACGCUAAGUACGCGGUGUCAAUGGCACGUAAGAUCGGUGCACGUGUUUACGCCCUGCCGGAGGAUAUCACCGAGGUGAAGGCAAAGAUGAUCAUGACCGUGUUCGCCUGCCUGAUGGCGAUGGACUACGUGCCAAACAUGGACAGUGCGAAAUCGGCACCACCGGUCGCUGCAGUCGUGCAGGCUCCGGUUCCCCAGCAGCUUCCACAGCCACCCGUGCUGGUAGACAACGAACCGACGGCAGCAGCUCCUGCAACGGUCGUAACCAACGGCACAAACGGGAACGGUACCGUCGGUGACGACGAAGAGGAGCAUCAUUUGCAAGAGGAGCCGCAGGAAGCGUCAGAGGAAUCCACCACCGUACCGACGACCACGGCCAGCGAAACGAUACCAUCCACCUCACCUACACCGCCGCAAACCAACGAUGAGUUCGCAGAUUGAACGCCUCACGUCGUCCAGGGUGUGUUGGAAAUUGAGCAUAGAUCAUCGUCGGGGUGGGGUGAUAUGCAACGGAUUUGUGGCAGUAGCAACGCAACACAGUGGCCACAACAGUCAAUAUAAUACCAGGUUACAACGGGGGACAAAGUGAUGCUGUGUAGAGAGAGAAUUAAACCUUUCCACGCAUGUCUAUCGUGAGAAUGUGAGUUUGUUUGUAUGUAUGGUCAUGUAAUGUAUGUAUGCAUGUAUGUGUGUAUGCAAGCAAACAACGGGUGACCGGAUGGCUUAAGCUCGUAGCUACAGGUUUGUGUGCACGUGGAUGUAAAGUAAACAGGGCUAACGAUCGUGUAAUCAAACUUCUUAGUUCUGAAGUGUAAGAACAACAUAUACAAGAAUAUAACGCGUAUGGAUGUAA